AUGAGAAUACACUGUCUGUUCUCAAAGUGGACGUAUCACUGGUCUAACGGAGACCAGGCCAAGGACCAGAUUUCUGACUUCAGGAGGGUUACGACACAAACAGAUGAAGCAGAAAAAAAGCCUAAAAUCAAAUUUAAAAUCGUUCCUCCACCUCCAAAACCCAAAGCUGAGCCUCCUCCUCCUCCACCUCCCACCAGGAGGUCCUCCUCCCCCAAACCUCACAUGCAGAAGCGUAAGGUGGAAGUAGACGUUUUUCGGUUGUGCUGGAGGGAGUCCUGGAAGAGCCUGAAGCCUCCAAAGUACCUUUACCUGAAGGCCAAAGAGGCUAAAGAAAGGAGGGCAUUGCUGAUGGCCAUCGAGUUUCCCAAAAACAAGAAAUACAAAUCAAAGGCGUUUGGAUCGGAAGCCGAAUGGAUGAGUCUGAGUUAUAAAUGGAGUCAUUCCUGGAAGCAGGUGAAAAGUCCAUCUCAGUCAGAGCAUUCAGAGAACACAGACUUCCUGUGGGACACUCUGUUUGAAAAGACGAUGGGCAGCAAGGUGGAAAUAGGAGAAUAUCGACUUCCGGUUUGGGCUGGAACCUGGAAGAUCAUGAACUUUCCCUUCAGGCAGCAGAAGAAGAACUGGGACUGUGGUUGGGAAAACUACCAGCAGGAUCCAAGCAGCAGGACGGACAAACUCUGCCUGAUUGAGCAACAGAUCGAUCAGGAGGAGCCUGAAGGCUGGGAGGACUCAUGGAAACUCUCUGGAGCAGAGUUUGAUGCAGAAGAUGCAGAGGAGGAGAGCUUUUGCAUCAGUAAAGGCACAUUGGCAGUGAGCAUGAAUGAGUGGCUGAUGCCAGGAUGGAGCAGAUGCUGCCUGCUGGCUGCAGCUCCUCCUGAAGACUUCGAGGAACGAAAGAAAAGCUGGAGUUCCAGUUGGGGAUUCCAGCAGCAGAUCAGAUGGUGCAGCGGUUCCAUCUCCUCUCAUCACAAACACAGCAGCAAUCUGAGCAGGAGAAGGAGAACCAUAACCUCCCUCCUCACAGACAGCCUCUCUGAGGAGAGCACUGACCUCAGCGAGUGGACGGAGGCCUGGAAGGCUCCAAAAGCACAGAGUAAACUAGAAGCUGAUGAUGAGCUGGAUGAAGAGGAAACAGAGAGUGAAACUGAGGAAAAUGAGGAAGAUGAAGCAGAUGACAGCCAGGAUGAGGAAGAAGAAGAUGAAGAGGAUGAAGGAAUGGAGGAAGAGAAAGAUGAAGAGGAGGAGGAACAAUUUAACAGAGAUGAGGAGAAGAAGGAGGAGAAUGAUGAUGAUGAUGAUGAUUGCCAGGAGUUAGAUGAGGAAGAGGUGCAAGACCAAAAACUGAAAAGAGAAGAAGAGGAGGAGGACAAAAACAGAAAACAAAUGUUUGAGGAAGAUGGUGAAGAGGAAGAUGACCAGAUUCACAGUCUGGAAGAUGAAGAUCAGGAGAAGAAAGACAACGAUGAAGAGGAAGAAGAUAAGAUGGAAGAAAACAAAGACCCAAAGGAGAAAAAUGAUGAAGAGGAGGAGGAUGAAGAUGCAGCCAUUCACAGGAAGGAGAAGGAAACAGAGAGCCGGACGAGGAGUUCAGAGGAGGAAGGCAAGGAGGAGGAGGAAAGCUGUAAAGAAGAGGAGGAUGAAGAAGUAGACCAAGAGGAAGAGGAUGACAAAGAUGAAGAGGUUGAAGAAAUAAACAAAGAAAAGGAGGAGAAGGAGGAGGAAAAGCAGGAGGAGGAGGAGGAGGAGGAGGAGGAGGAGGAAGAGCAGCAGGAGUUCCACAAACUGAACGCCUCCUUCUCGUCCUGGAGGCGCUCAUGGAUGCUGGCUGUCCCUCACAGAGGAGGAGACGAAGGAGCUGAGGAGGCAGACCAGGAGGAAGAUGAGGGAGAGGAGUGGCGGGCCUGGAAGGAGUCCUGGAGAAUCUGUCGAUGGAAGAAACCGGAUGAAGAUGAGGUUUGUUUCCUGGUUGGCUUCCUGGUCUGCUUCCAGGUUUGUUUCCUGGUUUGCUUCCUGGUCUGCUUCCUGGUUUGCUUCCUGGUCUGCUUCCUGGUUUGCUUCCUGGUUUGCUUCCUGGUCUGCUUCCUGGUCUGCCUCCUGGUCUACAGCAUCAGCUUGCUGGGAGGAGUUGCAUAA